AUGUUGUUUACUCAAGUCCUCCUUCUCAGUGGUCUUUCAUUGACUACUGCCAUUCCCACCUUUACUUCUGAGCAGAGUGUCGAGAAGAGAGACACAGCUUGGACAUGGAACGAGGGAGCAUCGCCCGACUACACCAUCCAUGUUUCUUGCAAUGCCACCGAGCGAGCCCAACUACAGCGUGCCUUGAACGAGAGCACCACUUUGGCCCAACAUGCAAAGGACCACAUUAUGCGCUUCGGUAACUCAUCAGAGACCUACGUCAAGUAUUUCGGAAACUCCAGUACCACUGCUGAGCCUGCUGGAUGGUUCGAUAAGCUCAUCAGUGGAGACAAGAGCGGAAUCGUAUUCCGUUGCGAUGAUAUUGACCACAAGUGCUGGCAAGACGGAUGGGCCGGACAUUGGAGAGGAGAGAUCUCGCCAGACCAGACUGUCAUUUGCCCACUGUCCUUCGAAGCAAGAUGGUCGUUGGAGGCAAUGUGCGGACAUGGAUAUACUGUGGCAGAGCAUAAGGAUUCCCUCUACUUUGGAGCAGACUUGUUGCACCGCCUUUACCAUACUUCGAAGAUUGCCGAAGGUGUUGUUGAUCACUACGCCGAUACUCAAGAAGAGAUCCUCCAACUGGCGAUCGACCACCCCGAGGAGGCUGUUCGAAACAGUGCAACACUCCGCCAUUUUGCAGUUGAGGUGUACGCCUAUGAUAUCGCGGUUCCUGGACAAGGUUGUGCUGGCAGUGUUCCUGCGUCGUCAGCUACAUCUGCAAGUGAAGCUCCAGCAGCCUCAGCAACAUCAUCUGUCGAGAGUGUACCUGCAACUUCAGAGACACCAGCCGCAAGCACAGCUGAAGCUCCUCCAGCUAGCACUGUAAGCAGUGCCGCUGCCGAGUGCCACACCCAUGCCGACGGAGUUGUACACUGCGCGUGA